AUGCCUCAACUUGACUUCGAACCCCUCGUCACUGACGACACUCGAAUUCUGGGUCAAGACCCUUUGAUUCCUCCUCAACUACUUGUUUCCGAAAUCCCCAUCACAAAUGAUUCUCUCAAGACCGUUGUGCAAGGCCGUAAAGAUGCCGUCGAGAUUAUUAUGGGUAGAAAUGACCGCCUCUUGGUUGUCGUCGGUCCUUGUUCCCUUCAUGACCCCAGCACCGCUAUCGAGUACGCAAAAAGACUGAAGGAUCUUUCCGAUAAAUUGUCGAGCGAUCUUUGCAUUAUCAUGCGUGCCUACCUCGAGAAGCCCCGCACAACUGUCGGAUGGAAAGGUUUGAUCAACGACCCGGAUAUUGACGAGUCUUUCAAGAUCAACAAGGGUUUAAGAAUUAGUCGUCAACUCUUCUGCGAUCUCACCAGCACCGGCAUGCCCAUUGCAACUGAAAUGCUCGAUACCAUCUCCCCUCAAUUCCUCGCAGAUUUGAUCUCCCUCGGUGCCAUUGGUGCAAGAACCACCGAAUCACAAUUGCAUCGUGAGCUUGCAUCAGGUCUCUCUUUCCCAGUUGGAUUCAAGAACGGUACCGAUGGAAGCUUGACUGUUGCAAUUGAUGCCAUUGGAUCUGCGGCUGCCAAACAUCACUUCAUGGGUGUUACAAAACAGGGUCUUGCUGCUAUCACCAGAACUAGUGGCAACGAGCACGGAUUCGUUAUCUUGCGUGGUGGUACCAAGGGUACCAACUUCGAUGCCGAGAACGUCAAGCUCACCAAGGAUACUUUGACCAAGAAGAACCAAAAGCAAGCGAUCAUGAUUGAUUGCUCUCACGGAAACUCAAACAAGGACCACCGAAACCAACCCAAGGUAGCCCAAGUUGUCGGCGACCAACUCCGUGCUGGUGAAAGAUCCAUCAUUGGUGUCAUGAUCGAGUCCAACAUCAACGAAGGCAACCAAAAAGUUCCUGCCGAGGGACCAUCUGGUCUCAAGAAGGGUGUCAGCAUCACCGAUGCUUGUAUCAACUGGGAAUCUACCGUCGAAGUCCUCGAGCAGCUUGCCGAUGCUGUCCGAGAACGUCGCAAGCAUUCUUCUGUUUAG